UUCCGUUUCAGAAACGGUCCCCUUCCUGUUGUAAAUAGUAAACAUAUCGCUUGGGCUGUAGUCUGACAGCUAUUUCAAAGUCCUACUUUCUCAACAUAUUAUCCAGUAUCAUGAAGAAGUUUCUGGAUGAAAUCAAAAAGGAUAUAAAAUUCAAAACAUCGGGUCCAGGGAAGAAACUCACAGACGACACAAGAUCUAAACCUGAGGUUUCAAAGUCCACUGCCCAUGGCCCAACCAGAAAGGCUCCUACUGAAGGUGCAAAGAUGGCAGGGGCCGCCGCCCUGGCCAGGAUCGAGCAACAUCAUCGCCCCAAAGUCCAAACAUCACAGGAUGCCAUAAGAAACCAGGUGAAGCGGGAACUUGAAGCAGAGGCGGCGGCCACAGCAGUCAGUCAGAAGAACGUAGAAUUGGAGGGCUCCAGUGUUCCCCAGAAGGAUCCAUCUUGUUUCUCAGUGUCGGGAGUGUAUUUUAUUUGUCCCCUUACUGGAGAAACCUUAACAAAGUCUGAAAGAGAGCUGCACAUCAAGGAGGCCAUUCUGAUGAGGUUUUCUGAGGAUGCGUUGGAGGCCUCCAUUAUGAUGAUUCACACUUUUAAUAAAGACAAAGAGAAAGUUCAAACUGCGGUGGAUAUUAUCAGCAAGUACGUGGACAACAUCUGUAAGAAUCCAACAGAGGAGAAGUAUCGGAAGAUCAAACUCAGCAACAAAGUGUUUCAGGAGAAGGUCAGCAGAGUCGAGGGAACUCGGGAGUACCUGCAGGCCCUGGGGUUUGAAAGCAACAUGCUGCCAGUCGAAGGCGAAGAUAAGACUGAGGAGUACCUAGUGUUGCCACCACAGGAAUCAGAGGGCCUGGAGCAGAUGAAGGUUAAUCUGGAGUGUCUGCAAAAGGGGGAGCCAAUCAGAGCAAAGCUGGACCGUCAGCCGCAGGUCUUCAGACCAUCUCAGCAAGCCAUGCAUUUCGAGCUGCCCCCUGACUUUUACAAUCUGACUCCAGAGGAACUGAAGAAAGAACAGCAACUCAAAAGCGAAGUCGUGGAGAGAAACGCAAUGCUGAGAACGAAAGCCAUGCGUGAAAAAGACGAGCAAAGAGAGAGAAGAAAGUACAGCUACGCCCUUCUGAGAGUUCGGCUACCGGAUGAAAAUAUACUCCAGGGCACUUUCCUGGCGUGGGAGAAGGUGUCAGCAUUGUACCAGUUUGUGCGUGAUUCGCUGGAGAACGACUGGCAACCCUUUGAAUUGUUGGCGCCUGGAGGACAUAAACUAAUAGAUGAUGAGUCUUCAGCACUAAAUGAGAAUAAUCUGGCCCCAGCAGCUCUGCUGACCUUCUUGUGGGAUGCCGCAGUGCAGGCAGAUAUCGCCGCUGCAGGAGGGCAGACGGCUGAUGUGCUUAAACCAGCAUUAUUGAAGAACAUCAAAACCCUGAGCUGAACAUUUAGUCCCAUUUCUAUCUGGUCACAGCUAUCCUAACCGCACCCAGCAAGUUGCUCUCCCAUCAUUUAUCCACUGCAGGAGUUAAUGAUUUGAAUCCCCAAAACUGUUUCCCAAGACAAGACUGAUAUGUUGGUUGUAUCCACAGCAUGAAUUAUGGAUUUAUGGUGUCGUAUGAUUAAACUGUGGAUUCAGUAGUGUUUGGCAGUGCUGGCACCUUAAGGAUCAUGUCUAAAUAACAUGUAUAAUACAUUGUUGCUCUAUGACUGGUCAUAAUAGCAGAGUGGGAAACUGUUAUAAGACUCCGUUUGUGUCUAUGGUGCACUGGUCAGGUUUUCUUGGCAAUGUGUUAACUUACAAGCACCUUUUAGCUUUUUAAUUGAGAAAAACUAUUAUUAUAAAGUAUAGUAUAAAGUAAAAUCUAUAUUCUGAAAACAGAAAUGCAGUUUAAAAUGUAAUUUUGUUUAAUAAUGAGCACUACCCAUGUCGAAGUUUGUGUUGUAUUAUUUUGCUUGUUCGCUAAAGAAAAAUGCUUUUCAUGGCUUACAUCAGGGGUGCUGGAAGUUUCACAGGAUUGUCACACAAAAUUUGUUCCAUUUAUAUGUAUUUAUUCAUUUAGAGUAUUGGUUUAGACCAGGGAUGGGCAACUUCGGUCCUGGAGGGCCGGUGUCCUGCAGAGUUUAGCUCCAACUUGCCUCAGCACACCUGCCUAAGAGUUUCUACAGGGUUCCCACGAGUCCUUGAAAGUUUGUGAAUCUGGGGAACAAAUUAAAGGCCCUGGGAAUUGUUGAAAAUAUGCAUACAUAGAUACAUGUCAUUGAAAGUGCUUGAAUCUAUUUUAUGCAAGAAGUUUUCUGGAAAAAUCCAUAUUAUUCCAUGUUCGCUUUGAAUGCUUAUAUCUUCUGUAUGCCAAUGUUGAUUCAUACCAAAAUGCUUUUUGCAUAGUUGUUUAACACAUGAAAAUGUCUUGGGUUACGUAUGAGAAGGGAACUAGACGCUGCAUCCCUGUAACGUCGUCUUUGGCAAUAUUUCAGAUAGCGAUAUACUUCCUAGCUCCCACGUCACCCUGUCUUUGUGGUUAAGCCUUACCAUUGGUUGAAUUUGAUAUACACAUUCAGACGCACUUGCCCCUGAAGGCGUCCCCAAAGUGUCACCACAGUGACGCAGCAAGAGUUUCCUCGAAAAGGGAACUGUAACAAUGCAUCUUAAAGGGUUACACAAUGUAACCUUGCUCUCACUGGAAAGUCCUUGAAUUUGAAGUUAAAUAAGGUGUCGGAACCCUGUUUCUAGUAUGCCUAUUAAUUGGCUGCUUCAGGUGUGUUUAGUUAUUUUUGGAGCUAAACUCUGCAGGACACCGGCACUCCAGAACCAAAGUUUCCCAUCUCUGGUUUAGACCAACUGCCAAUAUUGUCCCUUUGGGGCAUAGGCAAUAGCGUGUAAGGCUCUUAUUAUCAGGCUUUUGACGCGAUAUCCCUGGUUAGAAUCUGCCUUUUGCCAACAUCGCUCUAUCCGUACCUGUGACCUAAUGGUUACGGCCCUACACACAGCACACCCAAUCUAAAACAUUUUCCCGCACCCCUAGCUCACAUGAAUGUUAUUGCAAUUUCAAUUAGACAAAAACUCUAGUCUUUAACAACAAUCUACCUCCUAACACAAAUACACAUUUGCUUCUUUCUGUUUUGCAAGACUAUGCCACAAUUUCAAUUGGCUUGUAUAACUCUGUUGGUGCACAAGAUAACAUUGACUAGCUUCUUUUAUUAAACUGUGCUAAAUGUUUAAUUUUAAAAGUGCUGUAUUAAUUUACAUUUAUCUUUCAACUUGUAGAGUGUUGCUUGGAUGUAAAAAUAAAAUGCAUUGUCUGAGAAGUGAAAACAAAAAGCACUCUUGUUACAAUCAAAA